UAUAAAACAAAUUGAAUGAAAAAACAACAAAAGCCUCCUGAUGACAGAGAAAAGAAACCACGACCAGAAAUAACUAUCACAGAAGUAAGUGAAUUUGACAUGGGAGAUAUAAAGAUGGAAACAACAAACUUGGACGAACCAUUUGCAAGCUACAAGGACAAUAUGCACGUGGAAUCGGACGAGAACGUAGAUAGUGGUUCAAACGUGGCCGACGACAACGAGCAGUCUAAGAAGAUAGAAGGUUUAAAAAGCGGCCUCAAGUCACACCACCUGAAGAUUGCGAUGGAUGGUAGUCCUCCCGGAUGUCGGAAAGUAUCUAAGGUUUCCUUUCAAAGCGACCCCAACAGCCAGCCAGGCAGCCGGAGGGUGUCCGCUCAUGGCGACCAUGACCCGCCGCCGCCACAUCAGUAUUUGCAUCCGAUGUACAGUGGGAUACAAAUGGCGCCAAAUAUCCGGAAGUACUCGUCCCAGCCGUUUGGCUACCACUACGACAAAUCUCCCGCGAACAGCCGGAAGACGUCAAUGGAACCCUUCUACUUGGGUCCCCAGCACGCGGCGGGACGAUUGCCGUACGGGCACGGGAAAGUGUCCGUCUUCUCGAUCGGAAACGCCUCUGACAAUGGCUAUAUCGAAGCAGAAGACAGAGAGAUGCUACCCACGCUGGAGCACUAUCGCGUGAGCGUCUUUGACAACCAGAGGCCUACACUCUUUCAACUCCGGGAUGAUGCACAGGUAUUUAAAAUAGCAACUGUUUUCUUCACAUAG